AUGCGUGCAGUAAUCUUGUUCGCCGUGAUCCUUGGAGUGCUUUUGUCUCUGGCCUAUGCCCAGCAGGAGGCCGAAGACCAGGAGCAGGUGCGUGCUAAGCGCCAGUUUGGCUUUGGCAGCCCAUUUGGCGGCUUUGGCGGAUUCGGUAGACCCGGCUUUGGAGGCUUUGGAGGUAACAGAUAUGGAGGCUAUGGAGGUUAUGGUGGUUAUGGCGGCUAUGGCGGCUAUGGCGGCUUCAGACGUGGUGGCUACGGAGGCUACGGAGGCUAUGGUGGAUUUCCCCGCUAUGGUGGAUUCUACGGCUAA